AUGCAAAGCUUGCGUAAGCUGGUUAACAAGCCUCGUGUGGACGACUGGAAUCCACUGGCGAAAUUUUACUAUGCAGACGAGGCACUGAAUGCAGUGGCCAACGAAUUAGAUUCAUUUGAUGGACGUCGUGACCCAGAGCGUUGUAGCCAACUAGUUAACAAAUUGAGGCAAGCCCAGGAUCGUCUGUUGCAUAUAAUUUCAGAAAUGAUACAGCAAGUAUUUCCACGUGAAUCAGAUCGUGCCUGUCGUGAUUAUCGCGUAAAGUUUCCGGAAGAAAUUAUGCAUGACAAUUUACCCGGACAGCUCUGGUUUGGCGCUGAGUGUCUUACGGCAGGAUCAAACAUAAUUGAUCAUGAAGUGGAAUCAGAAGCCAUAAGACCAAUGGCUCGUGCAUUAACGAAACAUUUGGACACUUUGCGCGAUUUGCUGAAAGAUCAGUCUCUUAGAGAUCCAACACAUUAUAGCGAUAAAGUGAAGAGAAGUUUAAAGCAUUUCGACCAUCUUUUUGCGGAAUUUGAAUUAAAUUAUGUAAGUGCAAUGGUUCCAGUGAAGAGUGUGAGAGAAUACGAUUGUCAGCUGGAUAUUGCUGUUUUAUUUUCGGAAGCAUUAGAUAGAGCUGUUAGAUUAGAUUAUCUAACGCAGGAUCAGAUCGAUGAUUGUGAUCCUAUUGUGAUGAUUGCUGUCCCACGUUUAGCCAUUGUUUGCGGUCUUUUGUAUUUUCCGGAAGGGGCACUGAAUGUGGAUGCGAAUCCUGAAACAUUAUCCAAUAUGUUUCGCUCAUUUCAUAGUCUGUUGGUGAAAAUCCGUGACCUAUUGCGUAUUUUGAACUUGCAUGAAUUACGUCGUGUCGAGAAAGCUCUAUGUACCGGUGAGACACAAGUUAAAUUUGGUGAAGAUAGUAUCGUGGAAACACUGACUGUAGCAAAUUUUCACUUGAAAACUACUGGAAAAGGAACUGGAAGGAUUUUAGAAGCGCAGAAUUUACAACCGAAUGGCUCUUCGAGCUCAAAUUCCUCAGAUGGUGGUGACUGUGACGUAUCCAGCGCUUCCGGUUCCGUAUGUCACACAAAUACAUUUGCAUAUAAGAUAUUAUCGCCAAUCCGUCUCAAAGACAGUAGUGAAAGUAGCAGUAUUGAGAAUUCUUCGAAAUUAGACCUUCUGAUUAUGACUCAUCCGCCUGACCCUCAUCGCUUGCGUGCCCGAUUCCGUUCUUCUGCCGAUCUGAUACAUCGUUUAUUUGUUUGCAUAUGCGGCGUUGCUGAUCAGUUGCAAACAAAUUACCCCACUGAUUUACGACGUGUGCUAAAGAUGAUUUUGCAGCCGAACGAUGUUGUGCCAGUCUUUGAGAUAUCCGGAAAAACAGCGCCAAAUCCAGAGAAUGAGGAGGAAAUGGGUCUGGAAGUUCAGGAAGCACUUCCUCUACCUUCCCUUAUAGGUGUUCGUUGGGUACCAGAUAGUGACUGCGAACAGUGCACUGCUUGUAGUGCGCAAUUUACACUGGUCCGACGUCGUCAUCAUUGCCGCAAUUGCGGGAGAAUCUUUUGCUCACGUUGUUCUGCCAACUCCUUACCGCUUCCCGAAUUGGGUUACGAUAGAAAAGUUCGUGUAUGUAAUUUGUGCUUUCUGUACAAAAUUAAUCCAUUUUCGCCUUGUACAGGUCAAUCAAACUCGUCACAAAACCAUUCAGUUAUUGCAUUUAAUAGCGCUGUUACUUCUACUGCAGUUGUGCUGAAUCAGGUUGACCAUGAAAGAAGCCAAGACGGGUCGCAAAGUAACGAGUCACCCACAGCAACAACAGCUACCACUAUAUAA